UCCCUCUCUGCCGCCAACUACCAGAUUCAACUUUGACGUCUCCCCCAACGCGAGGUCAUUUGUUUUAGUCGGCACACGCUAAAAUAUCCCGGCUAAACCCAUUGAUUAUCGGAUUAAUUAUUAAAGAUAAAACCAAUGGAUAAUCCACAAAUGUAAUAGUUCAUCGACUAUAUUUGCAUUUGAUACUUCAUUUUAAAGAAAAUGGCUGAAAUCAACUUAGCCCUCACCAAAGAAGGCUGGUACCUUACAGACGAAGGAAUAGAGGAGUUGAAACGCACUUCUGAGAAACCCACAGCUAAUUACAUUAUUCGCAUUGCACUUAAUAGUGACCUGAGGCCUAUUGGCAGGAAGUUUCUCCCUGCAGACAUCAACAGUGGCCGGGUGGAGAAGUUGGAGGGUCCGUGUGUGCUGCAGGUUCAGAAGGUGAGGAACGCGUCGGCUCCCAAGGAUAAUGAGGAGUCUCAGGGAGCCCCCAGGAUGCUGCGGCUGCAGAUGACAGACGGACACACCAACGCUGUGGGCCUCGAGUUCAACUACCUGUCCCAGAUCAGCCUGGACACCCCUCCAGGAACCAAGGUGAAGGUCCUUGGUACGGUCCAGGUGAAGAAUGGCAUUCUGCUUCUGGACGACUCCAAGAUAUCCGUCCUCGGAGGGGAGGUGGACCACAUGAUGGAGAAAUGGGAACUGCAAAGGAGCUUGGCCAAACACAGCAGGAGUAACAUCGGAAGGGAAGGUGGAGCCCCUCCCUUUGUGCCCUUCGGACAGAAGUGUGUGAGGGAUGAAGAGGUGGACUCUAGAGAGCUGGACACCAGGAAAACCCUGGUCAGCACCAGUGUGGUGAAAACAGCUGACGAGAACGAAGAGUUUGAGAAGCAGAGGCUAGCAGCCAUCGCUGAGGUCGCCAAGAACAAAGAGGGAACUCGGACGUUUGGCGGUGGAGGUAAUGCUGGGGGAAACCUGGUUAAUACAGGCAGCCGGGACAGCUACCGACGAGGAGAUGGAGGAGACAGGGACUCGUACCGGCAGAGACGAGAGGAGAGGAUGGAGAGGACGGAGGAGUCCAGCCGACCAGAAGGAAACUACAGAGAGCUCGGGAGUUACCGGGAACUAGGAAAUUACCGCGAGCUGGUGGAUGAGCGGGCCCUAAGGGACAUUAUGGAGAUGGGGUUUGAUAAGGAGGAUGCUCGUCAGGCCCUGAUGGACAACAACAACAACAUGGAGGUGGCUCUCAACAGUCUACUGACGGGGACCUUCAAACCCCCCCCACCCCCCGAGGAACCGAGCAGACCCCCACCCAGAGCAGACAGAGGAAGGGGUCGUGGCCGGGGUCGGGGGAGGUCCAGUAGGUUUGGGGGUGAGGAUGAGGAGGAGGGAGCAGGAGGAAGACCGUCAGGACCCAGCACUCUGUUUGACUUCCUGGAAUCCAAGAUGGGGAGCUUCUCCAUACAAGAGCCAAAGAGCCAGUCCUCUCAGAGGCAUCAUGAUGGUAAGAUGCCGUUCCCCCCUAACCACCAGUCCCAGGACAGGUUCCCCCAACGCAGCGACAGGGCAGACAGUAGGAAUGACUGGUCCAGGAACGACAGAUCACGGAAGGAGAGAAACGAGAGGAACGAUAGAUCAGACUUCAGGAACGAUAGGAACGACAGACCACCUCGCUUCCAGAGGGAUAGUGACAAGGACUUCCCUAAACCUGGCCACGACCCUUCCAUCACCACAUCCACCCCUUCCCCAGCUCCAGUCCCAGCUCCAGCAGGGGGCCAGCAGGGCCAGGAGAGAGCCCAGGACAGAGGCCGGGAAAGGGGCCAGACACAGGAGAAGGCCCCUCCUGGAGGUGGAGGAGGGACAGAGAGGUGGAGAGAGGCCCAGAAUGAGAGACAAGCAGCCAGGGAGGCCAGAGGACAGGCAUCAGUGUUCUGCCCUGCUACGUACCCCGCCCCUGGCCAGCGGAACAGAGAACCCAGAGACGGAACCCAGGGGGAUCUUUCUGGUUCUGGAACCUUCCAGCAGGGAAUCAGAGUAGGUUCUAGUUUUGGUUCCGGAGGGUUCCAGAACCAAAGUCGGAGAGAGCAGCACUCGGUACCUGAUCUGUCGUUUAAUAAGAGAGGAGGAGGAGGGAUGAAGCAGAACAACGGGCCUGCACCAGCUGCCUCUAAACCAGGCCAGCACCAGACAGAGUCCAGUUCUAACUGUGUAUCAGAACCUAAAGGGGUCCAGAGAUCUGACAGCAGAGCAGACAACAGAGCUGAGCCCAACAGCAGAAGGAGAGGAGGGGGGAAGUCCCACAGUGAAAGGCCCAACUCGGACAACUUUGACCGUUACCGGGACAACGGACCGUCAAACUCUUCUACGUCGUGGGCGGGGCAAAGAGGACUGUCUCGUCCAGUGAAAGGCCAAGUGGGCGGCGGCCCAGGCUCGGGUCCACACCUCCAAAACGGUGACUCGUCGACGGAACACCGGACAGGGCCAAUCAAACAACAGAACUACUCCUCUGGUCCCGCCCCAGGGAGAGGGGAGGAGCCACACAACAGGAACAGCACUAACCCAGCCCAUAACAACUCCAACACCGCCCCUAAGAAGAGGUCAGGGCAGGUCAAAGGGCAGAGGUCAGACCAGGGACAGGUUGGGUCCAUGGAGCCUCAAGGCCUGGGGAACUUGAAACCAGGAGACCAGGUUCUAGCGCUCUACUGGGAAGACAACAAGUUCUACAGGUCCAGGAUAGAUGCUGUACAUCCCUCUGGCCUCACAGCGGUCGUGGUCUUUACUGAGUAUGGAAACUGUGAGGAGGUCCUUCUACACAACAUCAGACCUGUCAACACGGACUUCUGGCAGAAGGAAGAGGAGGGGUUAGAGUACCGGCGCGGGGGAGACGGGCAGCCUCGGACCACCACGAGGACGCGGCCCACGGUCCAGUAUUACCAGCCGCCCAGGGCCAGGGACUGACUGACUGAUCACCACAUGACUGAGUUACUGUACGGACAGACGGAGUCCACGAAGGAUCCCAGAGGUCCACGCAUCUGACCUCAAAAACCACAUCUUUCUUCUCUCGGGUUGUAAAAUUCCAGCAAGUUUUCCAGAAUUCCUGGUUGGAGGAUUCCACGUCCUUAUUGUUCCCUCCUGAUUCCAUCAAAAUCUUUCAACUGUGGAUUUCAGAAAAAUUGACUUUUGGGAAAGUUAGUGGGAUUUUUGCAAUCCUUCUCUCCUCUUCACCAAAUACACAAUGACAACUCUUCCUCUGUGUUCACUUGGGUCUCCAUAUCAAGAAGUGUGAAACAUUCAGGAAAAGGGCUUGUUGCUCAAAGAUGCUGACAACAAGGACGCUAGCUCACAAACUUUGGAAAGCGCACAGCCGCUGUACAUGGGGAAGAUUUGUAAAAUAGUUUAUUGUUAGACUAAUAAAAAUGCUGCUCCUGUA